ACGUGACUCACACCAACAUGGCCGCCACCGGUCCUUGCGUGGAAACACAGCCGUGCACGAACAUGUCUUUAAAGAAAGCGCUCGCCAUCGCGUCUCCCCUCACUUUACACAUCGUCGCCGAGUGUCCGGUGACAAAAGCGAGAGCGUGCGACUUGAAGCUGCCGCACUGCGUCGUUAGCACGCCGGUUUUCAUGCCGGUCGGCACUCAGGGGACCAUGAAGGGAAUCACCUCGGAUCAACUGGAUGCUCUCGGAUGUCAGAUAUGUCUCGGGAACACGUACCACCUGGGGAUGAGGCCGGGACCGGAUUUGAUCGAAAAGGCCAAUGGUUUGCAUGGAUUCAUGAACUGGAAAAGGAAUCUGUUGACGGACAGCGGAGGCUUCCAGAUGGUAUCUCUUGUGGAGCUCUCCGAGGUGACCGAAGAAGGGGUCACGUUCAAGUCACCCUAUGACGGAGAAACCAUCCUCCUCAGUCCGGAAAAGUCCAUCGCCAUACAGAACACCCUAGGUUCAGACAUCAUGAUGCAGCUGGACGACGUAGUGAGCAGCACAGUGACGGGGCCGCGUGUGGAGGAGGCCAUGCACAGAUCUAUUCGCUGGCUGGAUCGCUGCAUCACAGCCAAUAAGAAUCCGCACAAGCAAAACCUUUUCGCCAUCAUCCAGGGCGGGCUGAACGCCGGGCUUCGCAAAACCUGUCUCGAUGAAAUGACUAAACGUGACGUUCCCGGCUUUGCAAUCGGGGGCUUAAGUGGAGGGGAAGAGAAGGAUGACUUUUGGCGGAUGGUGACGCUCAGCACUGACCACCUACCUCGAGAAAAACCUCGCUACCUGAUGGGCGUUGGAUACGCCGUGGACUUGGUGGUGUGCGUCGCUCUGGGUUGCGACAUGUUCGACUGCGUCUUUCCCACACGGACAGCGAGGUUCGGCUCGGCGCUGGUACCCUGGGGAUCCCUGCAGGUCAAGCACAAGCAGUAUGCCAAGGACUUCAAGCCCAUUGAUCCUGACUGCCAGUGUCCCACCUGCAAAAGACACAGCCGGGCGUACCUGCAUGCUCUGUUUAAGAGCGACACAGCAGCCAUGCAUCACAUCACCAUCCACAACAUCGCCUACCAGCUCAACCUGAUGCGUUCCGUGCGGCAGAGUAUCGUGCAAGGCCGCUUCCCAGACUUUAUACGAGCCUUCAUGCGCCGUAUGUUCCCGUCCCCUGACCAGUACCCCAGCUGGGCUGUGGAUGCUCUGGCCUCCGUCAACAUCACUUUAGAGUAACACCUCAGAGACAAUCCUUUUUUUUAUAGAUGCAGCUAAUCGAUCACGCAGAUGAACAGCGACAGAUCGUUUCUUAAACAGAUGAUUGUUUUUUAUUCGUUGGUUACAUUUGUAUUACCCUGUUUUGUGGGUGCGUGGGCGUUUUUAGGGGGGGGGGGGGGGGGUGCGGCUUUAGAUCACCGAGAUGGAGCUUUUAUUAUGUGGCAAGGCAAACAACCUGCAGCCUUUGCAAAUUGUCCUCAGAGUAGACAUUAUGAUAAUACGCCACUGAAUAAGGUUUAAAUGAGGUUUGGAAAGAGAAAAAAACAAAAAAAACAAAGCGUGUCUCACGGGAUGCGCACCAUUUUUUUUAUUUUUUUUGGGGUGCUGUCGCCAUGGUUACGCGGUGAGGCCCACCCACCUGAAAGGAGAAAUGGUUUUUUCGCCUCGCCUGUCUUGCUCUUUGCACGUAUGGGUGUGUUAAAAGGAGGUGUGUUCAUUUGUCAUCGCAAGCACGAAUGUGAUGAGCGCGUGCACUUUGCUGUACAUCGCGACAAGACGAGCCAAGUGGGUGCUCGUCGUUACAUCCAGCAGAGGGCAAAAUAUCUGCAUACACACAAGAAACCAAUGGAGCAUUAAUAGCAAUUGGUCAUGGCUGAUAAAUAAUGCUCACUUG